AUGCCCUACGCCUUCAAGAUCAAGCCCCAGAUCCACUUCGCCGGCCUCACCCCGGAGCUCCUCCGCCCCUUCGCCUCGUCGGCUAUCUUCUGGGGUGCCGGUGCGGGCAUCGCCGUUUCGCUCUUCAUGAGCUCGGUUCCUCUCUUCCAGAAGGACGUGCUUGACAAGAUCCCCGUUGUCCGCGAGUACUUCAUCGACAACACCCCCGAGUCGGACAAGCCCUUCUAG